AACCACCAACGAUAUCGACCGACGGCCAUCGACAAUACCGCCAAAGUGAGUUUGCUGCUUUCAAUACCACUUUCUCGUCGACAAUUUACUAACCACCUUCAAGAUGGGUAAGCAGAUCUCUAUUCCUUUGCACAAGUGCGAGAGCCAUCGAUGUGCAAUGUCAUGAGCGACCGACGACAAAAUCCCCCACGACUUUCCCGGAUUGGAUACGAUACCCUACCUAAUGGGUCAGCCAUGCUCGAGCGCCGGAAGACGACCAGUCGCCUUCAGGAAUACGAGGUCAUUGGGCGCCAUCUGCCCACGGAGUCCCAGCCCACUCCCACCCUCUACCGCAUGACCAUCUUCGCCCCUAACACCACGGUGGCCAAGUCCCGUUACUGGUACUUCAUGCGCGGCCUGAAGAAGGUCAAGAAGGCCACUGGUGAGAUCAUCGCCGUCAAGUCGAUCUACGAGAAGCACCCUCUCAAGGUCAAGAACUUCGGCAUCUGGAUCCGCUACGACUCGCGCUCCGGUACCCACAACAUGUACAAGGAGUACCGCGAGAUGAGCCGCACCGACGCCGUUGAGGCCCUCUACCAAGACAUGGCCGCUCGCCACCGCUCCCGCUUCAGGUCGAUCCACGUCCUCCGCGUCGACGAGCUCGAGAAGGGCGACGACGUCAAGCGUCCCUACAUCAAGCAGCUUCUCACCAAGAACCUCUCCUUCCCCCUCCCCCACCGCGUCAGCAAGAUCAGCAACCAGAAGCUCUUCAGCGCCAAGCGCCCCACCACGUUUGCGUAAACAAAAGCUUAAGUUUUUCGGGUUUCUUCGUCGCGGGGAAGGUUGGGCAGGUACUGCAGGUGUUUACUAGGUCUCAUGGAACUACCACGUGCAUUUGCUCCCUUGAACAGAGGGCACAACGAAUCAACCAGGAAUUGACGCAUGAACUGCUUCCUC